UACAUAUUGUCUCAGCAAAAAGACAAAAUAAAGAUGACAAAUUUAAAAAAGGUGAGAGUAGAACGAAUUUGAAUUAAAAGAAAUCCAGUACUUCAGAAAUUGUAUAUCGUUUGUAUAACGAUAAAUAUAAAAGAAUAAAAGAGAAGCUGCUAAUUUAAUCACCGUUGCAACUUAACCACAGUACUGGACACACUAGCGCUGAAAACGCGAAUAACGUCUGUCUGAUCGUACGCUUUUCAGUGAGCCGCGUCAGUUCGAUAAAGACCACAGUGGACCACAGUGAUUUACGGAGAGGAAGGCAAUAGACAUCGAAUGUAAUUAUCAAAUGUGCCUUCGAUUGAGCACAGUUAUCACUGAAGCACAAGUUUAUUACUGAAAAAAGAUUUGCUCGAUUAGCGAAUUAUCAGCGGACGAAGAGAAAUGGAAAAGACAGACGAGAACGAACAUAAUGCGUUGCGAGAAGUUUUAAGUGACGAAGAAUUGACGCAAAUCCCGGAAGGAUUCGUUAAGAAAUUAAAUGCGUUUUUCAACGAAAAAUUCGAACAGUACAUUACAGCUAAGGCGGUUUUUGAAACCAACAGGAAGAACUUUGACCACACUUCAGAAAAAUUACAAAAAGAGUUAACAGAAGAAAAGUCAAAUUUUGAGGAAUGCAAAGGAAAACUGACAUUAUCAGAGAAAUAUACUGAUGAAUUACAGUCUAGUUUGGAUGAAGCCAAAGGUGAAAUACAGAAAUUACAAGACACUGUUAAAAGAUUGGAAAAAGAAAAUGCAGACUUACGUAGACAUAGAGAUACAGUUGUGGAUGAGAGAGAUGCAUUGCAAUUGCAGGUUGAAAGACGAGAUACAGAAAUUGAACGAAUGCAUACAGAAUUAUCUUCCCUGGGAACACAGCUUCAAAAUGCUAUUGCUGCUAAAUGUCAAGCUUUAUCAGAAACAGAGGAAAUUCGGAGUCGUGACAUGACUCUUGACUUUAAAGAAAAACGAUUAGAGCAAGAAAGAGCUUUGAUUCAGCAACAAAUGGCAGGACUUGAGGAGGAAUUAGCAAAAAGAAUGUCAGAAUUGCAGGCAACAAGAGCAGAAGCAUCUGCGCGAGCUCUUUUAACUGACACUCGCUUGUCACAACGCGACGAAGAAUUACGUAUCGCUAAUGAAGCAGCAUCACAGUUGCGAGAGUCUUAUACAUCUAUCCAAAGACGCUGCGACGAGCUCGCUCAGAAACUAGAAGAACAGCGUACUCAAGAAAUUUCUAUGCAUGCUUCUUAUAGAGAAGAAAUUGGUGCCCAAACCAGAUUGGCUGAUCUUUACAAAGGUAUGGCCGAUGAAGCAAAUGCAAAGGCAGAAGAGUAUAGCAGUGCAGUUAAAGAACUUCAAGAACUAUUGGAACAUGCAACUGAACAAUAUGGAGCACUAGAAACUACACACAAUCAACUUCAGUUACAGCACAAAGAAGAGUUAGAAGAAAAGGAACAAAAGAUAGAUGAGCUCUCAAAAGAAUUGAUUCAUGCCAAUGAAUUACUUAAAAAUAUUAAACAAGAGAGAUUGGAUCAAGCUGUUGAACAACUUGCACCAACAGCAGCCAUAGCCAGUCGUGUGCUUAGGAAAGGUUUAAGCCUUACUCAAAUCUAUACACAGUUGGUUGAAGUGACAAAUGAAUUAACGUCAGAACGUAAUGAAAAAGAAAGCUUGAAAUCUCAGAUGGACGUUAUCUUACGAGAAUUGGAAGAAAAAGCGCCCAUUUUACAGCAACAACGUGAAGAUUAUGAUACUGCAAUGGCCAAUAUCACGACGCUUACAUCGAGGUUGGACGAACUUUUGGCAGAGAAUCAUAAAUUGCAAGAAACGACAGACGAAGCAAAUCGUAUUGCUAAACACCAUACUAAGGAAAAUCAAAGGCUGAAGACAGAGUUAUCAGACUUGGCACGACAAGUGUGCUUCUUACUGAAAGAAGUUCAGGAGAGUAGAAGUGGUAUAACUAUGCACUCAAAUGAUUUUUCGAACGCAAUGGAGAUAGACAACCUUGCUUCAUCAGAAAUUAUCAGUAAAAAGCUUGUCACAUUCAAAGAUAUUGAAGAAUUGCAAGAAAAUAACCAGAAAUUGUUAUCGAUAGUCCGUACAUUAUCAUCAAGGCAGGAAGAAAUUGAAAGAGCAACCGAUGAAAUAAAUUCUGGUGAAAUGAAAGAAAAAUUGGACAGAUAUCUAGAACAGUUAGAAGACAUGCAAACUGCCCAAGAUAGGCAAGCAAAAAUGUUGGAAGGCCUUCUAAGACAACGUGACAUGUAUAAAAAUAUGUACCAACAAUGUUUGAAGCAAACAAGUAUGUUGGAUAAAAAGGAGCUUUCUGUAGCACAGGAAGAUGAAGCAAAGGAUGUAGAUGGAGAGAAAUCUGUCAUCAACGAAUCGUCAAGAGCCACUCAGAAUAACGCCAAUACAGAAAAAGAAUUGAAAAAGCAAUUAGCCGAAUGUGAAGCUAAAUUAAAACAAUCUACAGACGAAUUUGAAACGUACAGACAGGAAAGAUCGGCUCAUGAACGAAUGUUAGGGGAAGAAGUUGAAAGGCUUAGAAAAGAAGCGGAAGCAAAUUCAACUCGUUGCUGUAGAUUGAAAGCACAGUUAGAUUCUGCAAACGAUAGGUUUAAUCUUCUGCAGGCAAACGUUACUUCUUACAGAUCUCAAAUAAAGGUGCUUGAAGAGAAAUGCUGUAAUUACAACGUAACAAUUGGUAAACAUGAACAAAGCUUAAUGAUUUUAAGAGAUGAAACCUUAGCGGCUCAAACGCGUUUGUCUCGUGCUGAAGUACAGUUAGAAAACAUGCGACAAGAGCGACAGCUUCUGCGUGAUUCAGAAAGUCGCCUUCUCAAGGAACGCGAAAUAUACCAGAGAGAACGUCAAACGCAAUCUCUAUUACGUGCAGAUGUCGAGUCCAUUAAAGCUAGUCUGGAGCGAGUUCAGGCCGAAGGUAAUCUGCGUGCAGAACAACGUUUGGAUGAUGCCAUAAGGGAGUGUGCAGCGUUGAGACGCCGAUUACAGGAAGAACAGGACCGAUUUAGAGAAUUGUCAACACAUUUGGAGAGGCAACUUGCCACAGCACAAGAAAGACUUGCAGAGGAACGCAAUGUAACGGAACAAAUUAGAGCUGAAUUGGAGCAGGCUCGUCAGUCUGAUUCUCAGAACACUCAGCGCAUAGAAGAACUGAAUACUAAACUUAGACAAGCCGUUACUCAUUCAAUAUCAAAGCCCUUCACUGGUGACGAAAAUCUCGUGAAGAGAUUAAAAGAAGUUGAAAUGCAGCUUGCGACCACACAGGCAGAAUCGAAAUCGUUGUCGGAACAAUUAAAAGCCGCGCGACAACAAAGCGAACAAUAUUGUAAUAUAGCUGAGAGUGCAGAGACGCAAUUAAGAGAACUAACCGCGCAGCAUAACAAAUGUAAAGAAGAAUUAGAAACCGCUUUGAAAGAAGCGCGUGUAGAAGUAAUGUCCUUGCAGAAAAGGGUGCAGGAGUUGGUAGAAGAAUUAGCAAAAGUUUCCAGUGGUAAACAAGAAACGGAUUCAGAGUUAAGAGCAAAAUUAGAUGAUGCAGAAAGAAAGCUUGAAGAAUUAGACGAAGUUAAAGGAGAAUUAGAGCUCUUUAAGAGUGAUUUGCAAAGCGCUUCAACAACUGCGAAAGAAGCUGAAGAAAAAUAUGCUAGAGAAAUGGUUUUACAUUCAGCAGAUCUUCAGACAUUAGCUAAGCUUAAAGAAGAAGCUCAAGUGGUAGAGCAGAAAAUUACAACAUUAACUCAAGAAAGAAAUGGCGCUGUAGAAGCUUUGGAAAUGGAGAGAUCAGCUUGUCAAGAAAGAGAGAAAAAAUUCCAAAAUGAGAUGCAGGAAAUGCAACAAAGGAUAGACGAUCUAGAUACACAAAAUGCCAUUUUACAUACACAAAUUCAAGAAUUAAGUGAUAAAACUGCGAUUAUGCACAGUCAGAAAACUAAGAUCAGCGGUCGGGAAAGUCCGGACACUAGCUUCGAAACACUGAAUCGUAGUUUCAGCAAACUGGAGGAUGACUCUAAAUCUCCGGAACAAUUGCUGAAAGUUAUGAAGUAUCUGAGACGUGAGAAAGAUUUGGCUGUAACGAAGUUUGAUGUUCUCAGAGCAGAAAAUCUUCGAUUGAAAUCACAAGUGGAGGUAUUGGAAAAAAGAUUAAAAGAAACAGUAUCACUUCUCAGCUCCGUAAGGGAGAAAUCCGAAAUCGAUGUAGUAACAACAUCUAAACACGCAGAGCUGCUACGGAAAGUUGAAACCUUGAAUGCGAUCACAGAUUCCAAUAGAAUUCUCAGGGAGGAAAGAGACAGUCUGGGUGGAAAGGUAGUAGAGCUUACCGCGAAAGUUGCGGCGCUUUCUGAAGAAGUGGGCCCGCUUCGGGACUCGACGCGAGACUUACAAGUGAAAACGGAAGCUUUAACACAAGAGAACACAAGUCUUAAAGCGGAAGCAACCAGAUGGAGACAGAGGGCUAACACAUUGGUAGAAAGAGCUAACAAAGCAAGUCCAGAAGACUGGCGUAGAUUGCAGACCGAACGUGAAAAUCUCAGCAAAUUACUCGCGUCUGAACGCGAAACGCACACUAAACGAGCAGAAGAAUUGAAUCAACUGAGAACAGAGAAGUCCAAACUGGACGAGCAAUUGAUACAGAUUCAGAAACAACUACAAGCCCAAGGAGAACAAAUUCAGAAAGGCUCUGAGGAAGUGCGCAAACUGGGUCAAGACUUGAACGAAGCACUUGCCGAUUCUAACACUAAGGCUAAAGAUCUGACAACGUUGAGAAAGGAACUUGCAGAUAAAGAAGCCGUUUUGAAUGAUAUUAAGAAUAAGGAGAUACAGAUUCGAAAAAUAGCGAAGAAAUAUAAGACCCAGUUUGAGGAACUAGCAAAGUCAGUGGAAGAAGAGAAGAGCAGAUCUGAAGAGUCUCGAAUUGCGGCUGGUACAUCCGGUAACGAAGAGACUUUGCAAGUGUCCCAAGAACGCGACGAUCAACUGCGAGAGGAGGGUCGGACGGAAUUACGCCAAGCGAACAUCGAGCUGACAACAAAAAUUGACGAAUUAUCUCGGCAAAUGGCUGCCGUGCAAAAUGAAGCUGAAGCAUUUAAAAAGGAAAUCGAUACGAUGAAUAAGACUAGCGUGGAGAAAGAAGAGCGUGCGAAACAAGUACUGAAAGGUGCUAGAACGAAAAUCAUGCAGUUGACAGAAUCAAAGAAGAUAUGUGAGAAAGAAUUGCUUGACCUAAAGUCGAAACUUGAGACAGGUGCUACUGAAUCAGAUACCGCUGAACAUGACGCUAGGCUGGUAGCACUUAAGUCUCAGAUGGAAGGUAGAAUCUCCCGUCUCGAACAUGAAAGAGCAGAAAUUCAGGCAGAGAAGGAAACUCUUUUACAAAGGGUUACUCAGUUGCAACGGCAAUUGGCUGGCGUCAGUGGAGUUAGUGCUACUACCGAACCGCCUACAGCCAACAUCAAGCCUAUGUCCGCGCGAGCUGAAACUCCAUUAGCAAGUAUUCGCCCGAUGAGCGUAGUUGUGCAGUCUAGAACAGCUGCAGUUUUACCCACAACUGCUAGUGCACCGGUAAUGGUAGCGCCUCAUCAGCAACAGCAGCCGCAGCAACAGGUAGUGCAUACUACCGAAACUAGCUCCCCAACCAGUAGUCUGCCAGAUUUUCAACCAGCUAGCACCAGUAGCUCGUCACAGACAGCACCCAGCACAUUACGUCAACUCGUUGUGCAGCCGCAGUUAAGCGAAUCAGCAGAAUCAACGCAAAGAGAGGACCCAGAAAGUGCCGAAACCCUGAAUGUACAGCAACAACAGUGUCAGCAGCAACAGCAACAGCAACAACAGCAAACUGUUGCGUUGGUCAGUCCAAGGGUCGAACAACAACAGCAGCAGCAACAACAACAGCAACCUGCAGCCAGCGAUCAACAACAGACUGUAGCCAGUAGUUCAACCCAGUCGGUGAGCACGUCCCAAGCGUCUACAGGACACAAACGCCCCAGGACUCUGGAUUCGACGGCAUCAGGAUCUGGAAUCGAGGGUAUAGAUCAUAGCAGGCAAGAACAGGCGCUUAGUCCCAAGGCCAAACGGACCAGGCAAGAAAUCGCGUCCACUGCCAGUGCUAGUGCUUCAGAGGUCGAGUACCAGGUACCAACGUCGAGCCAACGGGAUCAAGAUGAAGAAGUAGAAGAAGGGUGUGUAGUUGUAGUAGACUGUGAUGAAGGCGAGGGAGGAGGUAAUCAUCAAGCACAAGAAGAGGAAGAAUUUGAUAAUGAUCCGUAUGAAGAGAUGGAAGAGGAAGAAGAGAUGCCAUAUGAGGUUGAGGUAGAAGUAGAAAGGGAUAACAACGAAGUUGAAAUUAUCAUGGGCGAAGAUUCUACAAGUGUAGAAGUUCCUAGACAAGCACAAGUAACGGUACCUACAAAUCAGCAACAACAACAGUCUGAAGCGAUAAGUAGUGCGGGACCAACUGGAGAACCGCCCACGUCAUUUACAACACGAUCGUCGCGUGGAAUUGCACCCAUGCCUAGGCAACAGCAACAGCAACAUCUGCUUUUGCCUCAACAAGGAUACGAAGACGGGGGUGACGACAGUAUAGUACCAAGUACACCGACUCUGUUCGUUCCACGUCGUGGAGACGGAUUUGGAGAAGCUGUUAGUUCACCCCAAGUUCCACAAGGCCGUUUUACAUUUGGAGAUUCAUCUGCACCGACGACGGCGUCGCCAACGCCAUCCUUGUCUACUCCUUCGGGAUCAGCAGCUCGAACAAUAUUCGGUUCAUCGAGUUCCAGUGUGGCACAGGUGGUUCAAGAGAGUAUGGACGAUAGUAGAAUGGAUCUGCUUCAAUUAGAAGACGGCGGUACUGGUCGUAGUGUACCCACUACACCUUUACAAGUUUCGCCAGCAGCUGAUUUACCGCCUUCGACAAGCAGUGGACCAUCCGAAGAGCAGGAAACACCGGUUUCAGUGACACCCGUGUCUGUAACAGGUACCACAGUUGGUGACACUAGUGAAGAACCUGCGAUACCUAGUAUUCGUGUAGUCGGUGUCGAUGAUCAACAACAUAGUCAAACUGAAAUAAUCACAGAAUCUAUGACACCUACUGAAGGUAUGAGUUCCGAGAGUGAAAAACAUACAGAAGAAGCUGGUCCUGCAGUAUCUGGGGAAGAUGAUACGGUAGACACUGGUGAAGGAACUGAAGAACCUGGAAGUGAGGUGGUGGAGGAUGAAGUGGAGGAGGAGAACCGCGAGGCAGAAGCAUCCCCCUCUAGUAAUACACGUCAGAGAGCAAUGGCAGCUGCAGCUGCAGCUGCUGGGGUUGGAACCGCUGCAAAUGGCACCAGAAGUGCAACUGCAAGACGGUCUUCGCGAUCGCCGUUUAGAGCUCAACGUGGUUCUCGACCUACACCUAUUGUUUGGGAGAGCCAAUCUGGUAGGGGACAACCUGUAGUACGCGGAGGACAUGCGGCAAGGGGGUCAAACAAUGAAACCGGAAGAGGACGUGCAACCCGAGGACGUCGAAUGCGCUCCAAAUAUCCGUCGUACGCGCGAUUCUAAGAGUAGAAGUUGAUUUUGUAUACGAUGCCAUCUGAAAACUACGGAUCACUGUCUUCGUGUACGCACGAUGUAACAGACUGGUUGGCUGUUAAUAUAUAUCAACGUUCGAAAUGAAAAUAUUUUUGUUUAAUGUUAAACGGGUAAUUAUGUUGUACAGAUAGAUUUGUCGUUAGGACAUUUGUUAUUUCUAUACGCCUAGGAUGAGACUAUAACAUCGUUCUUGCAACGAUGACUGUGUGCAUCUUUCAAAAGAGGAAAAUAUUUGGGGUUAACAGCAACGAUACACUAUUUUCUGUUACAUUAUUCUUGGUAAUCAAAAGAGACAUUCCUUUCGUUGAGUAUUUUCAUUUCGUUCAAAGUUAAAAACACUGAUCGAAAGUACAUAGCAUUUAAGUUGUCUUAUUUAUUUACUUGUAGAAUGUCAUUUUUAUGUGGUUGUUGUUCGACUGUCAUCGACCAUUGGAGGGACUUUUAUGUGACGCAUUCGUACGUGAGACAUUUUUCAAACAUUAGUCGACUUUCACGCUUUUAGGCAGAGCCAUAUCAUAAACAUUUUUAAUGAAAAUAUUUUGUCAGAAUGUACAAGGAGUGUCUUAGUUUUUAAAGGUACGUUUUCUUUCUAUACGUUUUACAGAUUUAAUUGAAUCCUACGUAGCUUCCACGUGUCGGUGAUAAAUAUUAAUAAAUACCUAUGAUUUACAAAACGCCUACUCGAAUAGAGUUCGAUAUCGAUUACGAAAUUAUCAUAAAUACGAGGUACCGAGGCCCGGUACAAAUAUAAUACAAUGUAUAUUUUAUAUUCUCUACAUCAGUCUCUUGUCUGAUUUAACAUAUUGCCAACGAUAUUUAAUUAAUACUUUUCGAAUACUUAACAUGUACCGCGUUAUUCCGUGAAAGUAUUUUAAAUUACCGGCAAGAAUAUAUAAAUACUGAGACGCGUAAAUGUAUCUAAUAACUCACACACGUUUCAAUAAUAUGAUAGUUCCGAUGUUGUCAUGUCAUUAAAAUAAUAUCACAACGGCAAAUAAAUAAGCUCUUUGCUAGAGAUUUUACCGUAACUUCUAACAUAUAUUAAUACGUUCUGGUCCCCUUUUCAUUUCGAUGAACUACUCAGUUAAUAGCAAUAAAUAUGACUAGCUAAAUGGAUUAUUUACAUAU